AGGUCGGAUCGCAACGAAAAAUAAAGCGGUGGAAAAGUGCAAGUGAAGUGAAGUUUAAUCGUUUCGAUUUGAGUUGGUGAGAUUUUGUGAGCCACUUGUGAUACAGAAACCACUUGGUGCGUAGCGAGUUCCCUGUCCGAGAAACCGAGAGUGCAGCAAGAAAGUGUUAUUAACAGUGUGAAAGUGAUCAUUUGGUGAAAUUUUAUCAAAACCAAAAACCCCAGCCUUCUUACAACAUGAAGUUGCUUAUUGUGAUCGCAACCUGUCUGCUGGGAGCGACGCUGCUCGCUGCCUCCCCGCUCAAGCAGAGCAAACCGCGGGCCCUCGUGACACGUCGGGCCGAUGUGGUCGCGCCGCAAGAAACGAAGGACAAGCCACAGUACAUGAUUCGCGUGAUGCCGAAGGACGAGGAGCUGGAGGAGUUAUCGAAAUUGGUCGAUUUUUUCGCGCAUGGGGAGACCGGCUCGCCCAGCGCAUCAACCGGCUCUCCCCACACGACCUCUUACGGUUCCUAUAGCCCAUCGCGGGACGACCUGACCGAGCCGCUGCUGCCACCGCCGGUCGAGCAGAGCGAACCCAACUACUACGCCAUCAAGCCAAAGAAAAGCAAGGGCAAAAAGUACAUCCCGUCCCAGAAGCUCAUCAAUCUGAAGAACCCCGACACGGCCGAAAAGGAGGCCGAGGGGGAGAAGGCCGCCGACGGUAAGGCAGCUAGGAGCGAGGAGGAUACUUUCUUCCUGGACGCGAUCGAUCUGGACAAGCUGCUGGCGAGUGCGCUGCUCGGCGAGCAGGAUGCGCAGUCGGAGGCGUCCGCUCGUUCGCUGCUGCCCCUGCGACUGGAGGAGCUGAACCGGGGCGAGUUUGUGCCGAGCCGGAACCGCCGGGUGGACCAGUAUACGCGCCGCGUCGCCGGCGAGGACGAAGGUGCUAGAAUCGAUUUUCAAAUGCAUGGCCACCAUGGGCCGAACAGCUACAAGUUUGGCUAUGACACGGGUGAAGGGAAGAAUCGUCAGUUCCACGUAGAGGAGCGCGAUAGUAAGGGCAACGUGCGGGGUCGCUACGGUUACUACAUGCGUUCGGGCAAGUUCCGUAUCGUCAACUACAGCUCCUCGCCGGAGACGGGCUUCCGGAUAGAGCCGUAGAGGACACCCUGCAAAGAACAAACAUCAUCAUUAGUUACCUGUUUUAUGUGUUUUAUUUAUUAUUUACGUACGUUACCAGUAUGAUCUUGCAGCCUUCUUCUCGUCACACAUCGGUUCUAGUAGCCAUCCGUCCGUUUCACUGGUAAACCUCCACAAACAAAUACAAAACUGAGAAGAGGAAAGCCAAA